CUGGAGCAUCUGAAAAGGAAUUGAAUUUCCAUGAAUAUCACAAUUCCUGAAAGUCAGGAUUUCAGACCUUUAGUUUCCCCAUCUCCACUGGGAGGCUAUGGUAAGGCCAAUGCUAUUAUACUGUGAACUACUGGUCUUUACUUUUACACUGCAUUUGUUAUGUUACAUUGUAUAAUAACACCAUCAGGAGUCAUGGAGGGUCCACCUUUUCUGAGUUUAGACAGGGCAGCAAUGUAUUUCACUAUCAUUGCUUCUUUAAAUACAGUGGAUAUCUGACAGUAGGAACAGGGGGAGAAUUGUGCUCCAGGCAAUAACCUUAUGUUCUUAGACCUCCUCUGAUUUCUUCUAACUGGAAGGGUCAUCGUUAGCUUUAUAUAUUAGAGGUUGUGUGUUACAAACAUGUUUCUAAAAUACCAAAACUGUUUGGAACAUGUGGACCAAGAUUCAGCCUGUAACCUACUGGAACUUCUCGGGCAUUUGGUAUUUCAAAUAGGGGAACUGAUAAGUCUGUUGACCAUGUCCUCCAUGGAAAUGUGUUUUUAUCCAAAGUUGUUGGCCUAGACUAUCAGGGUAGGACAUCUGAGUGUCUCCAAUCACUCAAGUCUUGUGGGUGGUGAAUUUAUCAUCUGAGUUCUGAAACCACAGGGGUGAGGAAACCAAGCUGUACCCUGUUCAGCUGAUGAUAAUCCUGGAGUAGCCAUCUCCGUGGUACAUGUGAGCACGUGAUGUCCGGCAUAGGGAACACCUGGCUGCUUACAUCUCUUGGUCUCUAUAGAGUAGUGGGAGAACUGAGAUCCACUGAGGAGGCCUCUUAAGCAUAGACCAAUCGCCUAGCAGUGACACUGGGUUCCAGGCUUGUUCUCCUGUUUAGGCCUCACUGUGGUCUAUGUACACUCUAUGCAUUCUCCCCAUGCAGGUUCACUUGUGUUCUUCUACCUACAGACGCUGGGAGAGAAACAUCAUCCCCUGGCACUGAACUAAGCGAGAAUCAGGCCAAGACGGAAAAGGAGAGGCUGAUUGGAGAGCUGCAGCUCAUUACCGAGGAGAGAAAUGACCUGAGAGAUCGCCUGAGGUUUCUGACAGAGAGAUCCAUGAAGAACAGGCCACACUUCAGGCCAAAUCCAUAUUAUGAAGACCUGGAGAGAAUGGAGGAGGCGGUCAUGUCAAUUCUGCACAACUUAGAGAUGGAGAACACUGAAAUCCAUGAGAACAACCAUAAGCUGAAGAAGGAGAUUACCUUCUCUAGAAACCUGCUCAGCCAGCUCCUGAUGGAGAACACAUGUAGGAAGAAGUUGGUCCCACUGAAGCAGGAGAGCAAGGAGGUACAUCUUGAUUGUGCACUGAACCAGAAAUAUUUGGUUGACUUCAACAAGAAAGAUAAAGACCAGCAACGUCCAGACCCAGCAUCAUCUGGUCUCAGAAAGUGCAAGAGAGCUGGAAUUGGACACACCCCAGUAAGAGAGCUUCCUGAAGAAUAAGUUGCUUUCUCAGGAGUCCCUGAUGACAAACAUCCUGAAUGAAAACAGCACCUGAGAGACAACUUGGGGGACAGCCUUUCAUUAUGUGUGCAAGAGGAGAAACAGCAAUACAUCUGUGCUUCUAAAUGUUCCUUAAGAAUGUGCUGUUUAGAAAUAUUUUUGUUAUGAUUUUAAUUGAAAUUUUCUUUUUGUUGUUUCAUAUUUAUAUGUUCUUGUUACUGUUUUUAUCUUUUCACAUACUUUUAAAUAUUUUAAUUUAUUUGUUUUAAUCUUGUUUUGUUGUAAAAAUGAAUUCCUUAUGAAUAAAUAUUGAAUUCUA